AUGGUGGUCAUUGUCCUCAUUGGAUUGGCAUUGUUGGGAGUGGCACUCUAUGCCGGAGCCAAAGUGAUUGGACCUGCCAGUCAACCGUUGGGACCCUACGAGUUGGUAGAGAGACAGGAAGGAGAGGAUUUCUUCAACUUUUAUAGCUUUUAUGAAGGCCUGUUCUGUGGGGACGUUCUGGACUUUUUGCACAGCGGAACACGACAACAGGGCAAGGUCAUUGGCGAUGAUGAUGAUGACGACAUUGAUAUUGCCAUGGAAGGUGCCACUCCCCCACCCGCCGAUGCGUCCAAAAAGGAACUUCAUUUCAUGGGAUCCGCUCCUACGGAUGCCGGUCCUCCCAACUGGCCCGUCAAUGGAGAAAUUGAUAUCAUUGAAGGCGUCAAUUAUCAAUCGAACGCCAAGACGGCACUCCAUUCCACCAAGGGAUGUGUCAUGGAUGACAUUCCUGCCGGGACCAUGACGGGAGGAUGGGAUACCGCCGUGGGCAUUCCCGAUCGCAAAACGGGCAUUCCCGACAUGACCAUGCGAUAUGCCCAAAAUUGUUUUGUCUACGAUCCCCAUCAAUGGCUCAAUCAGGGAUGUGUCGCGGUCGAUGAACGCAAUGGAACCAUUGGUAUUCCACUGAAUCAAAAGGGUGGUGGAGUCUAUGCCUUGGAAUGGGAUCCCAUUUAUCGGCAUAUGCGCACGUGGGUCUUUACACCUCACAAGUCGGUACCGGAUAAUUUGAGAGAUGCCAUUCGCACUGCCAAUCUACCACCGGAUCAACGCGUCUUGCCCGAUCCCGAUCUGUGGCCCAUUCCCUAUGGGUACUUUGCCAUUGGCGAAGGAACCAACUGUGCCGCGAAUCAUUUCAAAAAUAUGCGUCUUGUGUUCAACCUGGCAUUUUGUGGAUCCGUCGCGGGAAAUAGGUUUCAAAUGGAUUGCCCGGCGCAGGCGGCACAGUUUGCCACCUGCAAUGAAUACGUGGCCAGUCAGCCGGAAGAAUUGAACGAAGCCUACUGGAAAAUCAGAGGGGUCUAUGUCUAUGAACGAUCGUGGGAACGAGCCUGGAUGAAGUAA